UCUAUAUGGGCCACCUUCUCUCGAAGGAGCCGCGUAACCGCCCGAGCCAGAAGAGGCCUCGCUGUUGCAGCUGGUGCCGCCGCCGGCGCCCUCUCCUCAGGCUGCCCCGCCGGACUCCGGCCAAGGCGCCCCCUCAGCCGGCGGCGCCCCGGAGCCGGGACUGCUUCUUCCGCGGGCCCUGCAUGCUCUGCUUCAUCGUGCACAGCCCCGGCGCGCCCGCCCCCGCCGGCCCAGAGGAGGAGCCGCAGCUCUCGCCGCCGCUGCCGCGGGACGGGGCCUACGCCGCCGCCUCCUCCUCUCAGCACCUGGCGCGGCACUACGCGGCCCUGGCCGCCGAGGACUGCGCCGCCGCCGCCCGCCGCUUCCUGCUAUCCUCGGCCGCCGCCGCCGCUGCCGCCGCUGCCUCGGCUUCGUCGCCCGCCUCCUGCUGCAAAGAGCUGGGGCUGGCCGCGGCCGCCGCCUGGGAGCAGCAGGGCCGAAGCCUCUUCCUGGCCAGCGUGGGGCCCGUGCGCUUCCUGGGGCCGCCCGCCGCUCUGCAGCUCUUCCGGGGGCCGCCGCCGCCGGCCGAGCCCCCCACGCCCCCCGAAAUGGUGUGCAAGCGGAAGGGGGCCGGGGUCCCCGCCUGCACCCCCUGCAAGCAGCCCCGCUGCGGCGGCGGGGGCUGCGGCGGCGGCGGUGGUGGGGGAGCGCCUGCUGGAGGAGGCGCCUCGCCGCCGCGGCCCCCCGACGCCGGCUGCUGCCAGGGCCCCGAGCAGCCCCCGCAGCCACUCUGCCCCCCGCCCUCCUCUCCCGCUUCCGAAGGUGCCCCCACCGAGGCCGGCGGGGACGCAGUCCGAGCCGGGGGCACCGCCCCCUCGUCCGCCCAGCAGCAGCUCGAAUGCGGCGACGCGGACUGUCAGGAGUCCCCUGAAAACCCCUGCGACUGUCACAGGGAGCUGCCCUCCGAAACCCCAGACAUCAACCAGCUGCCGCCGUCCAUCCUGCUCAAGAUAUUUUCCAAUUUGUCCCUGGAUGAGCGGUGCCUUUCUGCAUCAUUGGUUUGCAAGUACUGGCGUGACCUUUGCUUAGAUUUCCAGUUUUGGAAGCAGCUGGAUCUUAGUAGUCGUCAGCAGGUCACUGAUGAAUUAUUGGAAAAAAUUGCCUCAAGAAGUCAGAAUAUAAUUGAAAUCAACAUUUCUGAUUGUCGCAGUAUGUCUGAUACUGGCGUAUGUGUUUUAGCAUUUAAGUGUCCUGGACUUCUUAGGUAUACAGCCUACAGGUGUAAACAACUUUCUGACACCUCUAUUAUUGCGGUUGCCUCUCACUGCCCUUUACUUCAGAAAGUACAUGUAGGCAACCAGGACAAACUUACUGAUGAAGGACUCAAACAGCUGGGCUCAAAAUGCAGAGAACUUAAAGAUAUUCAUUUCGGCCAAUGUUAUAAGAUCUCAGAUGAAGGCAUGAUCGUCAUAGCUAAGGGCUGUCUGAAAUUACAAAGAAUAUACAUGCAGGAAAACAAAUUAGUGACAGAUCAGUCGGUGAAAGCAUUUGCUGAGCACUGUCCUGAGCUUCAGUAUGUUGGCUUCAUGGGUUGUUCGGUCACUUCUAAAGGCGUCAUUCACCUAACCAAGCUAAGAAACCUUUCCAGCUUGGACCUACGUCAUAUCACUGAACUGGAUAAUGAAACCGUGAUGGAAAUUGUCAAGAGGUGCAAGAAUCUUAGCUCUCUCAAUCUCUGUCUGAACUGGAUCAUAAAUGACAGAUGUGUGGAGGUCAUUGCAAAGGAAGGACAAAACCUAAAAGAGCUGUAUUUGGUGUCCUGUAAAAUCACAGAUUAUGCAUUGAUAGCCAUUGGGCGAUACAGCAUGACAAUAGAGACCGUGGACGUUGGAUGGUGUAAAGAAAUUACGGAUCAAGGAGCCACCCUGAUCGCACAGAGCAGCAAGUCUCUGAGAUAUUUGGGGCUGAUGAGAUGUGAUAAAGUCAACGAAGUGACGGUGGAACAGCUGGUGCAGCAGUACCCCCACAUCACCUUCAGCACCGUCCUGCAGGACUGCAAGAGGACCCUGGAGAGAGCCUAUCAGAUGGGCUGGACCCCCAACAUGUCUGCCGCCUCUUCCUAACACUCCAGCCUCUGCCUAGGUCCGCUUGGAUCAUGCAGCAGGGUGGAGGGGAAUUGUAGAUUCGAGGUGGGCCAUCUCUUGGAAAGAUUUUAACUGUCGCCUGUCUGCCUGUGUACCAGAGUGUGUAUAUUUGUGUCUUGUUUGCAUACUAUAUACCAUAAGUGCAGUUGUCAUUUUUUCCCAGGUGAGCUGGGUUUUUCCUUAAAAAUUAAAGAUUGUGAAAGCCAGUAACCAUUUAGUUUUUAAAUCCAAAGGCUUAUUUCUUUUAAGAAAAAAAAACAAACUUUUUUUAAUAUAGAGUCAAAAAAUUGGAUGUAUUAUUUUGAGCUUGCAAUUGCUGCCACUUAGAGAUGUCCAAAAAAGAAGGCCCUCUUUAUUCAUGGGAUAGAAUCGUGCACUUCUACUGAUGAUGACAUUAAUUAGAAUGCUGGAAGCCAAUAGUUUCCAAAAUUCCAGGCACACACACUCAUGAAGGCACUCACACUUUCUCACAUACUGCACACGCGUGUGCACCCAUACACCACAGCAGGUUCUUUCUAGAUCAUUUCCUGACAGAAGGGCCUUCCUCUAGGUCACUGAGGAAGCAUGUCGUCCACUGUGGCUCUGCCUAACUCAGAGUAUCCACGGGUGGCCAGCUUGCUGUUGGGUGAGCGACCUAGGGACUAGAGAGAAUAAAGCCUUUUGUAAAUUUUUCAUAGGGAGGCAACAAUCUAACUCCCCUGGCCAGCUCACAAAAGUUAAUUAUUCAUUGUUCUACAAAUGCAUUCUGUUGAGUACUAAAUAUUUUAGUUGGUUUUACGUUAACAUUGUGUUAGCUUUUAUUUCAUGGAUAGUAACUGGUCAGGAUAUAUUUUAAUGAUAUUUGGAGCUAAUCUUAGCAUCAAAGCCACCAAUGUAACUAAU